CAUGAGCACUCGUGUCGUCGCCCCGCCGGCCCGCCGCCGUGGCGCUCCAGCCUAAUGUCAGUCCGGGACGGCGCUCCAAUGCGGGCGCACGCAAUCUGCGCGCAAUCGACUACACCGCGAACGCGUACUCACACCACCAAUUAAAACGUAUCGUUCUCGAUAGGAUAUAGUGUGAGUGUGAACAUGAGGUGCUUAGUGCUGGUCCUGGUGGCGCUGGCGGGGGCCCGGGCCAUCGCCGCGGCGGCCGCUCCCUGCGCCCUCUCGGAGGAGUUCUUCCUGAGGCAUAAUGUAUCAGCUGAUGAUAGCGAUGGACCAGGAGUGGUGUGCGACGGGCAGUGCUGCGGGCGGGGCCAGGAAGCGCGGCUGCGAGACGCGCUGCGGCGCGCAGCGGUCACGCGAUCCGCCGCCGCCACGCGCCCCAUCGCCACGCUGCUGCUCUCCACGCGAACUACGCUGCAAGAGCACCUAACGGCGCUGUCACAUCAGUCGCAAAACAAAACUGCGGUGUUGUUAGCGCAAGUGUACCGCGCACAAGGGGCGCGCGCGCACAGUCCGCUGAGCGCGCUGUACGGCGACGUGCGUGCGGCGCUGCGGCCCCCCGCGAACGACCUGCUCGACGCGCUAGUCACCGAACCGCCCAGGGACCUCGCCGUUGCUACAGACAAGUUCUUUCGUGAACUUUUUCCCUUGGCAUACCACAACAUACUCAAACUGGAUACCAAGCAAUUCACUGUUCAGCACGAAAUGUGUCUCAAAGACGCGUAUGAUGCCGUGCAGCCUUUUGGAGACGUUCCGCGACAGUUGGGUAUGACGCUGUCCAAGUCUAUGGAGGGCGCGCGGGCCCUUCUCGUGGCGCUGGGCGCGGGCGCAAGCGCUCUGGCGGCGGCGGAGCAAGCGAUGGCGCGCGCAAGCAGUGCGUGUGCCGUGCGCCUGCUACGCGCCGCGGGCUGCGCGCGUUGCCGGGGUCUCGACGCGCUGCCCUGCCGGCACUAUUGCCUCAACGUCGUGAGAGGAUGUGUGGGAGCGCCGGUGGCGGAGCUGGCAGGCGCUUGGACCAGCUAUGUGGAGGGCGUGGAGGCGCUGGCGCGCGCCGACGCCGACGCCGCGCUGCGCGCGCUCGACGAGCGGGUGUCGCGCGCCGUCAUGCACGCGCUCGAAAACAAAGUGCAACUCGAGAAGAAGGUGCGGCUGGAGUGUGGAUCCCCUGACACGACGGCGGGUGGCGGCGCAGGCGGCGCGGGCGUGGCACCAGUGGGCGCGCCGCGACGCGAGGCGUUGCGUGCGCCGCCGCCCGACGCCGAGUUGCUUCAGUUCGCCGCCUCGCUCGCCGCCAGCAAGAGAAUCUUCUCGGCGCUGCCCGACUACUUAUGCGACGAACCCGACUUCGCCCAUGACGACAACGAUCACUGCUGGAACGGAAACACAGUUGGAACGUACGAAAAACCCCUUGUGGCGAGCUCUUCAUUGAGCGACCAGAAAUACAACCCUGAAGUCGAAGGCGCCGUUCCGCAGGACCCGAAGGUGGUGGCGAUUGGCGACCAACUGCGGCAGGCCAGACAGCUGCUGGCGAGCAGCACGUGGAGCAGCGCGCCAGCCGCCGAGGCGUUCAUGCAGGGCGACGAAGCGGGCGAGGCGGGCGAGGAGGGCUCAGGCUCGGGCCGCAGCUACGCCUACGACGACGCUGCGCUCGACGCCGAAGGUUCCGGCGAGGAGGGCUCCGGACACGUCGCCGUCGGGAGCCGACCGGACGGGGGCGAAGAGCCGCGAGCACAGCCGCCGCCGACGCCGGGCGGGGCGGGGCGCGCGUGCGCGACGCCGCUGCUGGCGCUGGCGCUGCUAGUGCUGCUCUCCUACGCCACGGCCUCGCCGCUCGAGAUUCCGUCGCGACACUUCCACCCCUGAGGAGUCUGGACCACCUAACAGAAUUCCCAUAUCAUUUAGUGUGAAAUCACGAUUAGGUAAAAAGCCUUGCGUAAUAAUCGUAGUGUGAAAAAUUUAAGACUCCAAGUUUUUCGUACCGUUUAUUCGGUGAUACUUUAGCGGAUUCCUAAGAACUUUAUAUACAGAAAUACUGUCUGACAGUAGUUAGCUCCAGAAAUAUUGACAGUGUGUUUGCUCUUCUUUAUAAAAACUGGUGAUAGAAUUGUCAUUUUACAUCGUACGAGUUAUGCAUUUACUUACCUACGCGAUAGAUUUUAAUGGCCUGCAAUUGUCAAAUGCAUAUCAAUAUUUUAUCAAUAAUCGUUUUUGUAAAUAUAAUCUAUACCUACCUAUUAGAUACGAGUACAUUUAUGAAAUGAAACAUUUUACAUUUUUUUGCAUUUAACGUGUUCAAAAUGUCAUGUGGUAUUUGCUGUCGUAGCCACUAAUUCACUGUUGAAUUGUACUAGCUGAUUGGCAAUAAAUUUAUAAAUAUAUAAAAGAAGAACGUAUAACGAUUAGAAAAAGUGAUAGAAUUAUUAAGGGUUUAAUGUACAGAUGUAAAUACCUAAAACUCUGACGGUCUAGGUGCUUAGCUAGUAAACAUAUUUUGUUGCCAUAUUAAAAUUACGGAUAUUAUUAUUUAUAACACUAAUUAAGUCAUAAUUUAAUGUAAUAAUAUUUUAUGUGAUACUGAUUUAGUUAAGUCGAUAAGAUUUAAUGCAUGCGCGUUAAGUUAUUUAUAAAUUGUAAAUUGGUCCCAAGGUUGACUGUGGCAAAUGUUAUAGCGGUGUACCUACAGUAGUGUAUGAGUACACUUGCACAGCAGGAGACAGGGCGGGGGGCAGGAGCCGGCGGGCCCGCGGGCUGCCCCCACUUGGCGACGCCUAUGCGCACCACUAAUGGUAUCAGAGAUCAAGGUGCUAGUUUGUCAAAGCCGAAAACGGCUGCCGGUGCAGCAAUGUGUAAUGUUUACAAAUACCCUUUGAUUCAUAUUAAGGUAGAGCUGCAGUUGUCUAAGUCGAAGACGAAUUUUAACUUAAAUGAGAAUACAAUUUAAGAGCUAUCCUUCUCUUAUUAGAAGUCAAUAAAAAUACAAACCGCAAUAUACGCCGGUACUCCGACACUAGCGCUUGCACUUGCCCUCUGUUGUGAGUUGUGACUCGUAAGGUCGUCAUCGUACCUACUAAAUAUUCUACAUGUCUAAAAGUAAAAAUAUUUAUAUAACAUCAUAUUAUUCAUAAUAAAACGUAUGUAUGUACCUAUGUAGGUAUUAUAUACAUUCAGACACCAUGUAAUGGUGCGCUGGAGUUUUUGUAAAUGUGUUGUAGAUUAUAUGGAGGCGUAGAAUGAGAGGACCAGAAUUGGCACGUGAAAUAUAUAUUGUUAAAGUGUCGUUUGAGGCGACAGGAAUAUUCAUGUUAUGCCUAUAUUCAGCGAGCGGUGCAGUUCGUACCAUACUAAACUUAUUAUUUCCGGUCCCCGACAGCCCGACUCAGGCUUCGGACUCUGUCGGAAAUUAACUCAAACAAAUUGUAAAUAUAUGUAUUGUUGGAAUGAUGAUAGUGAUCAAAAAAGAAGACAUCUUGCUGUUAAAUCUGAAUAAAUAUUAAAAUAAAUAUUGUACCACGCA